AUGCGUGUCCUCAUAGUGUUCGCGUUCCUCACCCAAAAUGUUAUUUGUGAUUACGACAGGCGUGUUAUAACGACUCUAAAGUACUCGAAAUACAGCACGACACCAGCAGUGGUCAAUGGGAAACCUGCUGCGGAAGGUCAGUUCCCUUUCCUGGUCUCUUUAAAAGAACCAGUGCAGAAAAUGGAGCCGGAUAAAAUUGUGUGGAAAAACCUUUGUGGCGGAAGCAUCAUUGACAAUAAUCGGGUACUGACAGCAGCACAUUGUUUUGAAAAUAACGAGUUCUACUACGUGAGACACCCGGACGCGCUCCGUGUUGUAGCCGGGGCCAUGAGUACAGACCUUAUACACAGCGGAAAGACGGAAACCACUAGAGAACUCCAAUUGAGAAGCUUAAAGAAAGUUCUGAUACAUGACCAUUUCAGCUUCCCAGCAAAUGACAUCGCUAUCGUCCUAGUCACCGAGCCGUGGGUCUUUACCGAAAAUGUCAAUGCCAUAAAGAUGGCAACAAAAGUGUCGGAUUAUGCUGAGCAUUGUGUGUCUGCUGGGUACGGUCGGGUGGGGCAUCGAAUGAAAGACACCAUCUCCCCAAUUUUGCUGACCGCGAAAAUAAGUACAAUGCCGAGGUGGCGUUGCUCUUUGGUGUGGGAGAUGAAUAUGAAUUCGUUUAUUUGUACAGACUCGGCGAUAGCGGAUGUAGCUAGAGGUGAUUCUGGGGGUCCUCUGUUGUGUUACCACACCGGGGACCCCAACGAGGUGAAUGACGAGGGAGUGUUGGCAGGCGUAGUGAGCGGCAAGAACUUUGAUAAGACAACGUUGUACACACGUGUGUCUGCCUACCACCCGUGGAUAGAACCCGCUUCUAGUGCUGUUGCCAAUAUUCCAGACUUAAAAGGUUGGGUAGAAUUAGACUGGAUUAUUUUAGGGUUGGAAUGA